AUGAAUGCCACACUACAACAACGUGCGUUUGAAGUACCUACUGUUGACCACAAAACAUGCUCGAGAAAACGAUUUUAUUUUGAAGAUGAACUUUCCCAUAAUGUGAACAAACGAGUUAAGACACCUCCUCACUCAGCUAACAAUUUUCCUUCAGAAUCUGCU